AUUCUAAGCCGAAUAUCGUUUUGAUGUUGGCUGAUGAUCUUGGAAUUGGAGAUAUAGGCUGUUAUGGUAACAGUACUAUCAAGUAAGGACCCCUAACAUCGACCAGCUAGCUAAGGAAGGAGUGAAACUUACUCAGCAUAUUGCAGCAGCCUCACUUUGUACCCCCAGCAGAACAGCUUUUCUGACUGGCAGAUACCCCAUCAGAUCAGGCAUGGCUUCAACAAAUGCCUAUCGGGCUCUGCAGUGGAAUGCUGGAUCAGGAGGAUUGCCACGCAAUGAGACGACUUUUGCCAAGGUGUUGCAUCAGCAAGGCUAUGCCACGGGCCUUAUAGGGAAAUGGCAUCAAGGCGUAAACUGUGAUACUAUCAAUGAUUAUUGCCACCAUCCUUUGAAUCAUGGCUUUGAUUAUUUUUAUGGCAUGCCCUUCACACUUCUCAACAACUGUCAGGACAACAAACCUCCAGAACUUGAUAGAGCCUUUCAGGCUAAGCUGUGGUUUUAUACUCAACUCAUUGCCUUUGCAGUAUUCACGUUUCUCAUUGGAAAAAUGAGUGGGUUGGUGUCCAUUCCUUGGAAAGUGGUCAUCUUCUUUGCUUUGUUUGAUUUCCUAUUUUUUGCUUCCUGGUACUCCAGCUAUGGCUUUGUGAAAUACUGGAACUGUAUCUUGAUGCGCAAUUACAACAUUACUGAACAACCUAUGAAAUUGGAAAGAACAACUUUUCUUUUACUAAAGGAAGCACUUUCAUUUAUUCAGAGCAAGAAACACAAGCCAUUUCUCCUGUUUGUUUCAUUUCUGCAUGUCCAUACACCUCUGUUCACAACUGAAAAAUUUCUUGGAAAAAGCAAACAUGGUCUGUAUGGAGACCAUGUAGAAGAACUGGACUGGUUAGUAGGUCAGAUUCUUAAUGCUAUUGAUAAGGAAGGCUUGCGAAAUAGCACUUUUAUCUACUUUGCUUCAGACCAUGGAGGCCACCUGGAAGGUCAAGAAGGAACAAUACAGUUUGGGGGUUGGAAUGGCAUCUAUAAAGGGGGAAAAGGCAUGGGAGGCUGGGAAGGAGGAAUCCGUGUUCCAGGCCUGGUUCGGUGGCCAGGAAUGUUGCCAGUAAAUACCGUUCUUGAUGAACCGACAAGCCUCAUGGAUAUUUUUCCCACGGUGAUUCAUUUGGCUGGAAAAGAUGUGCCACAGGACAGAAUAAUUGAUGGGAGAAAUCUUCUGCCUUUAUUGCAACAAAAAGUCAAACACUCAGAACAUGAAUUCCUGUUUCAUUACUGCGGGAGUUAUUUACAUGCAGUACGCUGGCAUCAGAAAGAUAGUGGUGCUUUAUGGAAGGCUCAUUAUGUGACACCAAUAUUCUCCCCUAAAGAUGCAGGGGGUUGUUAUGAAAGAGGAAUCUGUCCAUGUUCCGGAGAAGGUGUCAUCCAUCACAUUCCUCCUUUGCUGUUUGAUCUCUCAAGAGAUCCAUCAGAGGCCAUGCCUUUGUCGGGGGCCACUGAACCUCUGUUUCAGGUAAUUCUAAAGAAAAUAGAUAAGGCUGUGGAGGAGCAUCGCAGAACUCUCACGGCUGUCCCACAACAACUCUCUUUCUACAACAUCAUCUGGAAACCAUGGCUUCAGCCAUGCUGUGGGACAUUUCCAUUCUGUUGGUGUGACGAGGAGGAUGUUAGUGUCCAUUCAAAUUAAUGUAGACUAGCCUCCAAAAAAUCUGUUAAACGAAAAUUAACUUUAAAACUGAGAAUUUCAGUCAAGAUGAUGAACUUCUUCAAUAUGAUACUUUUUUUUUCAAUUAAGAUGGCUUGUUUUGUCUGUCAGACAUCCCACAGGACCUUUCAAUCUUUUGGGGAUAGCAGGUUCUUUUAAAAUAUUGAGAAAGUGCCGUGGGCAGCAUCACAAAUUCCAGGAGUAUAUAUUUUACCAAAUGGCUACUGUGCCAGAAAAGCUAGUUCACAGAAGGUAAACUGCUGAGAUUAAAAAGCAAACAACUCACCCUAAUGACAGGGUGAAAGGAAUUUGAACCUAGAAGACACAAGUGCUCAAUUUUUUUUCUCCAGCGGAACACUCUUUUCACAGAAAUGCAUACUAGUGGGUGAAAAAGUAACUUGGAAAAGAAAAUAUACAAGCUGACAAACACAUCAAAGAUACACCUUCAGUAUAAAGCAUCUUUCCCACCAUCUUCAAGAUAAAAUUCUGAAUUUUGAUUUCCAAGCUCCCACCAUCUUCUCUUCAUCUACAACCACAUGAAGCUCAGAGGUAUUCAUGGGAAAUAAAUUCAGUUAAAAAUCCUCUCUUUCCUUUUAAGAGAUCCUAAUUGCUGGAGAAGGAAGCAAGCAAGCAAGUAGAGACAUAUUUAAAAGUGUAAGAUGCUUCAUAAGGCAUCAGUGGAAGAGUUGGGGAGUGCACUGAAUCCCAGCACUUGCCAGCUAAAUGCAUUUAGCUACUCUGUACAGCAUAAAAGAGGAUAUAGCCACAACAUCUUAGCCAUUAGUCCAGUAAUCUCUCUCUCCUUUCUGAUCAGAUUUUAUAUUGUGAAGAUAGGAAAAUUGAUGAGCAGUAAGUAAGCAUAUCUUCAUAGAUAGAGGUUUAUCUUUUAUGAUAAAAGAAGAGACUUCCUAGCUUGUUGCUUGGUAACUGGCAAUUAUUCUUUUAUAAUCCUUGCAAAGAACUAGUAAUCCAAAGGGCUAGAAGGAGGUGGAAACAUUUGCCUUUCAGCACUCCCACUAAGCUAAAAGCCAAGCUUAAGAAACGCAAGACACAAAGAGAGGAGUCAAAAAACUACUAUUGUCUUGCAGCUGCCUGGUCAAAGAUAUGUUGCACAGUAUAGAUGGGUGGUUCAAACAUUAAAGUUCUGGAUUUAAAAAGAGAAAUAAUUGCCAAGAGGCUUUUCUGAUAGAAGAGACUAUCUAUAGCUGAGGGUUGAACUGUGGAGUUCUUGGGUGCUUGCAGACAUUUCAUUACCCAACUAAGUAACAUCAUCAGUGCAAGUUUUCUGUUGUAAUUUGCUCCUGUACUUAGUCACUUAAAGCAGAAAGAAUUGUAAUACUGUAUGAUAUGCCAAGUUUUUAAUAUAAAGCUUUCCAUCCCAAACAUUAAAAAAAAAAAGUGAGAUGUUAGUGGUGAGAUGUACAUAUGGAAAGAUUGCAGGCAGAAAAAAGUACCAUGCUGUAAACUGGUAGAGCAAAACAACCUAGAUAGUAAAAUGCAGGAAAUAGAGAAACAUCAUGCUUAGUUCAAAAGGGCUGUGAAAAGUAGCUGAGUGGGGAGGGGAAUGGAAAGUUAACGGGUUUUAAUUACCAAAUUACAUCUGUGUAUUCUUCAAACUUUCAUUCUCCAAAAAGUGAACUGUGUUACCACCAACUGUAAUAGUUGUGUAAUUGCUGUUCGUAUAAAUAGGUAAAAAGUAUUUUUUUUUAAUCAGCUCUUAUCUACAGUUUAACUGAAUGCAUGUAACUUAGAAUGGGAUUCAAAUAUUAUUGAUAUAUAUUAAUAUAUCAAUAUAAAAAUAAUAAAGGUGGGAUAAAAAUCUAUUAAAUAAAUAUUAAUGUAUGUGGUUAUGAUUUUAAAGUAAUUCUAGUAAGGCAACUGUCAUUUUGUGUCCACCUUUACAAUAUUAAUAAAUGAAAUUUUGCUUUAUGAUUUCUGAAUAACCCCCAAUACAUUGAAUAAAGUAAAGAUCAUUUUCUUGUAACUUUCAUCAGCUACAGGGCUAUAUAGAAGAAUUUAGUAGUAAAUCCUAUUAAAUUUAUUUGUUGAAAAUAUGGACAGUUUCAUUUGAAGUGUUGCUGGCUUGAGAAUACACACAUACACAGAUGGCAAAGUUACAAUAGAAAUACACAAGGAUAAAAAGCUAGAUUCAGGCAAAAAUGAAACAUGAAUGACAGUUCCUAUAUAUUUCUACCAACCUCUCCGCCUCUG